AUGGCUGCCAAGGGCGGAGGGGCCAAGAGGGCUGCAGGGCUGAUUGGAGUAGGGGCCAAGAUGGCCGCUGACCCCACCACAGCUCUGGGUUGCCCAAGGAAUGUACGAUGGCGGGUCAAGAUGGCCGCCAGCCCCUUCUGCAGGCAGUGGGGUUCAAGAUGGCAGGUCGAGAUGGCCGCCAGCCCCUUCUACAGGCAGCAGGAUUCAAGAUGGCGGGCGAAGAUGGCUGCCAGCCCCUUCUACAGGCAAUGGGAUCCAAGAUGGCGGGUCAAGAUGGCCGCCAGCCCCUUCUACAGGCAACGGGAUUCAAGAUGGCGGGUCAAGAUGGCCGCCAGCCCUGUCUGCAGGCAACGGGAUUCAAGAUGGCGGGUCAAGAUGGCCGCCAGCCCCUUCUACAGGCAACGGGAUUCAAGAUGGCCACCAGGCCUGGUUACCAUUGCUUACCAUUACCGCCAUCUUGUGCUGUGGGUGUGGCAGUGGCAGCCAUCUUGGCCUGCUCAGCCAAUGGCAGCCUUGCUCUGCCAUCACAUUGGCGGCCAUCUUGGCCUUCAAGUACACAAUGGCGGCCAUCUUGGCCUGCUCAGCCAAUGGCGGCCUUGCUCUGCCACCGUACUGGUGGCCAUCUUGGCCCUUAUCUACACAGUCAACGGUGGCCAUCUUGAUCGCAACUGACGCUCAGCAGCAGCCACUGCAUUGCCUCGUCUGGCGGCCAUCUUGCCCUUGAGUUACACAACCAAUGGCAGCCAUCUUGAUCUCAACCAACGCGCGACAGCAGCCGCCACGUUCCUUGGGAUGGCGACCAUCUCGCUCUUGAUCUACACUAUGAAUGGCAGCCAUCUUGGUGGCCAUCUUGACCCCAACCAAUGCUCAACGGCAGCCGCCAUGUUCUGUAGAAUGGCGCCCAUCUUGCUCGCGAUCUACACUACCAAUGGCAGCCAUCUUGGCAGGCUGGUGGCCAUCUUGAACACACCAACACUCAACAGCGGCCGCCACGAUACCUACAGAACCAAUGGCAGCCAUUACGAUACCAAUCAGCGCAGCAGCCAUCUUGCUCUUGACCUAUACAACCAAUGGCAGCCAUCUCGGCGGGCUGGCAGCCAUCUUAAACCCAACCAACGCUCAACAGCAGCGACCCUGCUCCGUGGCACAGCACCCAUCUUACUCUUGACCUAUAGAACCAAUGGCAGCCAUCCUGGCAGCCAUCUCGAUCCCAACCACUGCUCAACAACAGCCACCCUGUUGCAGGGCAGCCAUCUUGCUCCUUAUCCACACAACCAACAGUGGCCAUCUUGCUUGCUAUUUAUACAACCAAUGGCAGCCAUUUUGAUCCCAACCACUGCUCUACAACAGCCACCCUGUUGCAGGGCAGCCAUCUUGCUCCUUAGCCAACAGCAACCAACAGCAGCCAUCUUGACAGGCAGCCUGGUGGCCAUCUUGGCCUCCCCCUACAUCACCCAACCUACCUACAAAACCCCAAAAAACACCUAAAAAAACCC